CCACUAGAUGUGCUGUGUCACCGUUCGGCGUAGCCCUACAUAAGCACACCUGUGCCUGGCUUAGUGCACACUUGACGUGAAACAUCGCUACACUCUACACGCUCCUGCUAGCUCCACACUUCAGCAUGGCUCCCAAGUACAAGCUGUCCUAUUUCGACAUGAGAGCUCGCGGGGAGCCCACCAGAAUGUUGUUCGCUGCCGCUGGGAUAGAGUUUGAGGACGACAGGAUCCCUUUCGACAAGUGGCCCUCACUGAAAGGAACGACUCCCAUGGGUCAGCUGCCCGUCCUGGAGGUUGAUGGAGUGAAGUUGUGCCAGAGUAUGCCGAUCGCUCGCUUUGUGGCCAGGGAAACAGGAAUGGCGGGAAAGACCAACCUGGAGCAGGCUCAGGCCGACGCGUUUGUGGACGAGCUCAUCGAGAUGCUGCCCAAACUAUACGGCGUGGCCUUCGCUACUGACGAGGCGAAAAAGGCUGAGAUGGCAGCGGAGUUCGACAAGACGAUGUCCAGCAAGUUAGAAAGGUGCGAGAAGCUCAGCGGCUCAAACGGCUUUCUUGUUGGGAACAGCCUUCUCUGCUGUGACCUGGUUCUGCACACCGUGGCGUUUAACAUCGAGAACUACAAGCCGGGAACUCUGAAGGGCUACCCCAAACUGGCCAAGGUCAUGGCCAGCGUCAAUGCCAACCCAAAAAUCGCAGCUUGGAUCGCCAAGCGUCCGGACACCAAGUUCUAGUUCAAGGAACUGUUUUGACCCGAAUAGCUCUAUUCACAACUUGAAGCUGUGUGUCACUGAUCCACUGUGCACUGAAACAAGGCGGUCCCAAAUGUAGAAAAUUUGAUGAAAUUGUUCACGUAUGUUUUGACACGUCUUGGUCUGUACGAGGUACCAGCUAUGAGAUCUGCACCAUAGAGCAAUUGCAAAGUAAUUGUUAUUCUUCAUUUCAAGUGUGUAAUCCGCUCACCAACGGUUGUUGUAAAGAGUACGAAAUCAUGAUAGGUGAUUGAACGAAUAAACGAUUUACUGCAUAUCA